AUGGAUGAAAGAGUUACUCUUUUUAAUGAAAACGAAAUUCCAUCUGGUUAUACUAAAGUAAUCCCUGAGCAUGUGUUACCACCACAAAAUGAAAACAAGCUGCUUUCAAGGUACCCUAACGAAGCUAGGGGCAACAUUUUGAAAGUACAGCAGUAUCUUCAUUCAAAUUUUGUUCGCACAAGGUGUUGGUCAACUGUUUUAGCAAUCUCGAUUGAUGAUUCUAUUAUCAGUGAUAUUCCACGCGAUUUCCGUCAUGAUUAUAAAUACAUUAUAGCAUUCCUCCUUCGGCGAUUUAAUUAUGAUUUGGCAAUGAAAAUGGAAGAAAACAAAAUACUUUUAUUCAAAAUCCUUCCCGAUGAGAACCUCAUUGCAUUUGCUAUCAGAUCUUUGGAUAAGGUCUUUUAUGUUUCAGGUAUGGCUGGUGUAGCUAAUCAAAUCAUUUCUACUCAAAUCCUAGGCGCUCAAACAGAUCAUAAACUGGAUGCAAAUGCUUGUUUUUUGAGUGCUUUGCAUGCUAUGUAUGCACAAGAUUCCGAAAGUGUGCCUACUCACAAUGCAUCUAGUAAUGCAAAUGAGCCUAUAAACCUCGCUAAGCCAACAUCAAAUAAUAACAAUCCAGAAUUACCAAAGAAAAAUGAAAGCAAACAUAGCAAACUGAGUUACUUGUGUCGUAAAUGUAAUUGUCCAAGUUGCAAACACUCGAAAAAUCUAUAUCAUGAUUGUAAACAUGAACAUCAUGUUAAUUGGAAGAAAUAUAAGAAAUUUUUAAAUGUUUUAUUAAGUCAUUGUGAAGAAUCCAAGUUAGACCAUCACAUUGUGGAUCUCGAUGAAAAUCCGAAUAUAGAUGAAAAUGAAUUAGCUUUUAAACUUGAUCAGCUCUGUUUAUCAUUGGAAUCGGAAUCAGAAUCAGAAUCAGAAUUAGAACGUAAAAUCAAAGAUGAAAUUACAUCGAAUAUUGAUAGCGAUUCAGUUUCUAUUCCACAUAUGAAACCAAAAAAGAGUGGCCCAAAUGGGCCCAGUAAAGAUGAUAUCUUAUUUGGUUCAGCAGCCUCAGAUAAUUUUAUUUACCGGGGUACUUUGAAGAAUUUAGAUGGUAACUUAAAAUUGUUAUAUUUUUCCACUUGCGAAGGAUAUGAAAUUUCUGUUGCUUCAGGUAAACCCAUAGUGGCUAAUAAAGUAGCUCACUUCGAACUUAGGUUAGUGCCACAAGCAGAUCCUAUUAAUAUUGCUUGUAUAAUUCUACCCAAUAUUAAACAUAGAGUUAUUAUCGGAAGACCACAACUUGGAGAAUUUGAUUAUCAAAUGAGUAAUAAAAAUGGAGACUCUAUCUGUUUGAAUGGUAAAAGAUACUUUGCUGUUCAAAUCCCAGCUCUCUAUAAUCCAAAUAUUACCCAUGCCAUUCAAAUAGGAACAUUCAGUUGAUCAAUGCAAAUUCACCAAUUGAAUGGUCUUAUGAAUACACAAG